AUGAACUCUACAGCACAACAGGUGUAUUACGCAAACAUGGCCAGUAACGUCCAGUGGGUGGCAUCCAGUUAUCCACUGCGUUCUGUCCCUUUUCCUUAUAAUUACCCAUCUUCGUCUUUAGCGAUGAUGACCCCACAGUCUCAGGGGUACAAUUAUUACUUACCGUAUGGACAGUUCUGCUCACCGUACAUCCAGAAUGUCCAGCAGUAUCAGUACUCAAUGGCUAAGGCCUCGGAGGGUGUAUACAAUAGAGCCAAUAUUCAUUAUGGAUCUGUGUACACCACAUAUCAGUACCAACCUUAUGGGGCAUCUGCCAUGAUGAACCCUGUCCAGCACCGUGAAGCACCACAGGCUCAGUGGAAAGCUCCACCCACCCCGCCUAAAAGAAUUGUAAUCCGAGACCCCAAUCAAGGCGGACGAGACAUUACAGAGGAGAUCAUGUCUGGACUAUAUCAUGAGAACAAACAUGCCCAGGAUCACGAGUCACACCCAGUCACUUCCAUCCGUCCAAUGGAAAGUGUCGAUGGCAACUUGGCUCCAACCUCAUCUCCACCUUCAGCUCCUCCUUCAGUUCGUGAACUGUCUGGAUCGCGUGGAAGUGUGGACGUUCCUGUCACAGAGGAAGAGAAGAAAGAAGACGAGGAACCAGAGACAAAGAAUACUGAGAUGCUUCUGACAUGUGAUCAGGACUCGGUUAAUGACUCUGUACUCAAUGUAGCGCCCAAUGAGAGCGCUUCUUUUGAAUCUCUUUCAGGCUCUACUCCCAACGAAGUGCCUGGUGAGAAUGUCACCUUUGGCACUGGGAAGGCUGAUGGUGAGGUUACGCCAAAUCUGGUGCCCUUGGCCACAACUGCUUCUGGUCCUGUGGAGCAGCAGGGGUGCCUGAGCAAUGACCUCCUCCAUGAAGAGGAGAGAAUUAAGAAAAUCAUUGACCUCACUGUGGAAAGAGUCACGUCAGAGCCGAACUUCUCAGUGACUUGUGCAACCAUGUGCUACCAAAUGAAAGAGCUGAAGGAACCCACAUUGGAGAAACUGCUGCUCAGCCGCUGCCAGGAAGAGCUAAAGAAAGAGAAGAAACAUGACAGGGAUCUCACAAAAAAGCAGAAAGAGCUAGAAGCAGCCACAGAGAAUAACUGGGAGCUCAGGAUCAAAAAUCAGGACACAGAAACCAGCAAUGAGGUCCACAAAGAGGAUAAAAAGGAGGAGCAGAAGGACCUGAAGGAGAGAACCCCAGUCCAGCAGAGUGUACCGCUCAAAAAGGACAUCAUUAAAGGAACAGGAGGACAGCAGGGCAGUUUUAGAUUUCCCUUUAAGAACCAAACUGUCAGACCGUCCCACCAAAACAACAUCAACAAGAAUAACUGGGAGCUCAGGACCAAAAAUCAGGACACAGAAACCAGCAAUGAGGUCCACAAAGAGGAUAAAAAUGAGGACCAGAAGGACCAGAAGAACCUGAAGGAGAGAACCCCAGUCCAGCAGAGUGUACCGUCCAAAAAGGACAUCAUUAAAGGAACAGGAGGACAGCAGGGCAGUUUUAGAUUUCCCUUUAAGAACCAAACUGUCAGACUGUCCCACCAAAACAACAUCAAUAAGAAUAACUGGGAGCCCAGGACCAAAAAUCAGGACGCAGAAACCAGCAAUGAGGUCCACAAAGAGAAUAAAAAGGAGGAGCAGAAGGACCUGAAGGAGAGAACCCCAGUCCAGCAGAGGGUACCGUCCAAAAAGGACAUCAUUAGAGGAACAGAAGGACGAGAAGUCCAGAGACAGCAGGGCGGUUUUAGAUUUCCCUUUAAGAACCAAACUGUUAGACCGUCCCACCAAAACAACAUCAACAAGCCUGGUGCCUUGAACUGCAACCAGCUUGAUGCCCCUGGUAAAAGCAGCUCAUGGCAAAAGGAGCAAGAAGGAGGCAGAAGAAUCAACGCUGAAAAUGAUGGAGCUGCUUAUUUUAGAAGGAGCUGGGAAUGUCAGGACAGAAGGUACAGAGGACAAGACAUCUAUCCUUGUCCCUACAUUGAGGAACAUUAGAGAGAGUAGAGUCCUGAACUAGAAGAAAACCUUGUGAAACAGCCAGACUCUACAGAACAGCUGCCUCCAAAAACCAUGAGCAAUAAAGUCCAUCAAAUUUCA